CGCCUUAGAGUCGCGCAGUCGUUGUGUUGCUCGGCGUCGGAGACAUGCAGUGAAGCGUCAUUGCAUUGCAUUGAUUGAGUGAUUAUAGCAUUAAAUACAUUGAGAAUGCAUUCAGUGUUCAAAAUGGAGUGAAGUGUCAAACAGUGAAACCAUUGAGACUUCAAAACAAUUGAAACUUUUGAAUCAAUUUAUGAUUUAUUAGUCAUUUAUUUGUCGAUAAUAUAAAAGAGUGUUAAGUGUCGUCAUUUGGAUCAGUUAUGCCUCCACCACAAGCGCCAGAUCCUCAACAAGACUUAAAUGGCACAGUCGUGCCAAAGACAGAGUUGGAAGAGAUUCAGAUGAAGGCCAAUGCUGUGACCGAUGACUCACUGGAGUCGACCCGACGGAUGUUAUUACUCUGUGAUGAGUCAAAAGAGGCCGGAAUCAGGACAUUGGUGGCACUCGACGAACAGGGGGAACAAUUGGACAAAAUUGAAGAAGAUAUGGACAAAAUUAAUACUGAUAUGAAAGAGGCGGAGAAGAACUUAACAGGAAUGGAGAAGUGUUGCGGUAUAUGUGUGUGUCCUUGUGGUAAGUCUAGUGAGUUUAAGGAGGACGCGGGCACCUGGAAGUCAUCAGAGGACGGCAAGAUUGUCUCCGGACAACCACAACGUGUUGUCGAUGAACGUAAUGGUGGAGGUAUUAUCUCUACGCAAUACAUCGCUAAGAUUACUAAAGAUGCCCGAGAAGAUGAAAUGGAGGACAAUAUGGGACAAGUGUCUACUAUGAUCGGUAACUUGAGGAAUAUGGCCAUCGAUAUGGGACAGGAGAUCAGCUCACAGAACCAACAACUCGACCGAAUCAAUGCUAAGGCGGAGUCAAAUAAGGACCGAAUCCAAGGCGCCAAUGAAAGGGCACAAAAGUUACUCAAAUAACCGCAUAUUUCUUAUCAAAUGAACUAACAGUUAGUCUGUGGUUUCGCAUCCCAUUCCUUAUCACUAUUGAUAACAACAUCUCAUUCAUAAUUUGCUAAAUGACUUUCAGUUAUCAAAAAAUUAAUUAAUAUAUAAAUGAAAUUUAAUUUAUUUUUUAUAUAA